AUGUCUCGUCUGAUGUCCUCAGCCAAGUUUGUACAUGUAGCUUGUUCUCUCAUAACAGCGUCAGCACGUAGUUCAACGUCUAUAGGAGCGAGACCAAUUAUCCUUACCGGUUCUCGUGAUUUUGCUAGCAAAGAUUCUCGCAAACGACAACAAAACUUCAAAAAGUUCAGAAAAUUUAGCAAAGGAGAAUCUGAUAGUUCAGAUAUGCAAAAGAAACAUGUUUACGAAGAACCAGAAAUAACCUAUUUAUCACAAGAGUUACUUCCGAGUAGAGCAAUGCUAGAACGUAUCAUUGAAGAACUUAAGAAGAACUCUGGAAAAGAAGUUAUCUUACCUACAAAUGAAAACUUGCUAGAAGAAAUGCUAGAUGUGAUCCGGUUUUUGAUCAACAAAGGCGUUACUCCUCAAUUCAUCAUCAGUGCUUGUUCCAAGUCUGUUACAUUACUCAAAGCUUUCACAACAAGAGGAGAUUCAGUAAUAGAGAUCCUAGACAUGCUCAUAUCAGAAUGUCAAUUCACCUAUGAAGAUGCCAUACGUGUUUGCUAUAGUUGCGAUGAAUACUUACUCAAAUUGGAGCCAUCAAACGUUCGGGAACGUCUAGAUGCUAUUAUAGCUUGUGGUGUGAGCCCAGGACGAGCGCUCAACAGAGUGGUCAAAGUAUGUCCGCCUGUCAUAUAUGCUACUGACCCAUUAACUAUGAAAAAGCUUGUAGAAUCAUUAUCAGGAUUUUUCUCAAGAAAAGAGCUCCAAGCGGUCCUCACACAAACUCCGGAAAUAUUCAUGAAAAGUAUAGAAGAAUUAGAAGAGAAAUAUGAAUACAUUUUCUAUCAGAUGUUCAUUGAGAGUAGCGAGUUCGCUAAAUGUAUAAAAUGGGCUGUGUUAGAUUUAUCUGAAAUCAUCCUUCGUCAUGAGUUCUUACUGAAAUGCGGGAAAUAUAUUGGGCCUGACGCAAAGCGUCCUCAGACUAAAAUUGAGAAUCCCGAUUUAUCUCGUAUAUUGGAUUCCAAUGAUCACGUAUUUGCUACACAAGUUGCUGGAGUGACAGUAGAAGAGUGGAUAAUCUAUCAGACAUUUUGCGAAAAGCAGUCUGUUAAUUCCGAAAAGGAACGUCCAUACGAAAGAGUCAAGCCCUCCAUGCGAAAAGCUUACGAGCGACGUCAUAAGGAUGCACAAGAGCUUCCUGAUCACGUUUUUGAUGUUGCUUCAAGAUCAGAAUGA